CGCAGCGAUCUGGAGUCCAACACCGUCACUGACGCCAUAGUGGCUGCGCCGCAAUUUGGGUAUAUAACCCUCGACCCCCACAGCUGUCGUCGCAUUCGUGACUUCCUUCCUCCCUACAGACUUGUAUCAUGUCGUUUUCAGGCUUCUUUUCUCAGAUCGCAGACAAAGCGCAGAGCGCGAUCAACCAGUCCCCCCUGGCUGGUCAUGUCCCUGGUGCAUCCUCUGGAGGGGGCGAGCAGCCCUCUGCAAAUCAAGCAGCUGCCCAAGGCGGUGGAACCCGGUCCCAUACCCUCGAGACUUUGCAGUUCCAGCUGCGCAACAUCGGCCAGCAGUACACAAAUACCACGCCUAUCCAACGCAUAAUCACGACCGAGAAGGGCGUUGCGCUCGACUUGGAUAGUCUUGCAAGGGACGCCAAGGCGCAGAGCAAAGAAUUGUACACUUGGGGUCAAGGUGAUGAAGCCGAUCUCAGAGAUGUCACGGAUCGGCUGGCGUAUCUCAAUUUCGUAAAUGGAUCAAUUGCUUCGUCAUUGGCCGUCAAACUCGAUGCUGCCAGGUCCCCUCUCAAAGCACUUCGCGACGCAGAAUCGGCCAUUACACCGAAGCGGAACGCUCGUGCCAACUUGCAAAGUCGCAUCAGAAAACUCGAGCACAGCCAGGACAAAAACGCGGAACGCCAGAUCGCCGAACUUGAGGAUCAGCUGGCUCGGGCGGAAAAGAAUGACGAGUCACAAGAGAAAGAAAUUCUGAUCCUGAAGCGUAAGGCCGUCAGGGAUAGCGAGAGGGCGAAGUGGGAGGCGAUCCGCGAGUAUGGCGAGAAAUUGAUCUUGCUCUCGCAAGCUGCGAAUCCCAUCAUUGAAGCUCUGCCCGCGUUGCCACCUACCCAGAACAACCCAUACACCGGCGCACAACAAACUGCCGGGGCUCGUGCAGCUCUCCAAAGGGCUCUUGACCAAUACAGGCCUGGACUGACCACCUUACCCGUGGCUGACCUUUCUCGCUCUGACACACGUUCGUUCGGCGAGAGCCAUGCUUCUGAGCUUGACAAUAUACCGGCAGGAGAGCCAACACAUCCCGGUCUCUCGAUGACUCCGCCCCCGGGCGAAACUGAAUGCAAGAGCCCUUCACCCGCACCUAUCGACCCGAAUGCGUUAAACAGAAGCCCGGCACCAAUUCCCGCACAUCCGUCCCCAGGUCCGCAUCCAGUGGGUGAGGGUUCCCCCGGAUCAUCCAUCCCUGGAGGCGUCCCUACGGUCGCGGAAACUGGUGUGCCUCUCUCUGCUGGGCCUUCCGGUCCAGGACCUGCCAGUGGUUCAUUGAAGGAUGUACGGAAUGGAUCGCAUGGCGUGGGUGCUCAGAGCGGCGAUCAAGUCCGAAAGGAGUCGGUGGACGACCUUUACGGUAGCCCUCAAUCGCACGGGGAGACCGCUGAAGAAGAAAAGAAACGUCUUGAGCGCGAAGAGGUGGAGCGUUCUGCUACCAGCGCCCCCAAGCCACAGUUCGAAUCUGCUGAAGACGAGAAGAAGCGGCUGGAAAGGGAAGAACAAGAGCGUGUUCGUGCGGGUGGAGGAGGCGCAAGUCAGAACCAGGGAGAACAGAAAGAUUCAGAGGACCUCCCACCUUACAAGGACUUUGAAGAAUAAAAUGUUGGGCAUGGUGAUUGUAAUGCACUACUUGGACUAUUCUGACAUGUAAUUGUAUCUCCUACCUCGUAUCUGCUCGCUUUUCUGUACGGUGUAUGUACAUACUUCUGAAAUGUUACCGCUUAGUAUUGGACGUGUGAGCCUGUAUCAUAGUAUUGGGAUUGACAGAAUGGAAUAGUCGGUAUUGUGUGAAGCUCCCUCUUCUGAAUUGGCCAGAUGAUCUGGCGAAAUCUCAUCGAUAGAAAAGC